AUUUCCGACACCCCCUGAAUGCAGCAUUCCUGCAGGUUUGUGUGAGAAGUGAAAGAGAAAGUACACUGAGGGUUGUACUUUACAGGAGAUGAAGAUGCUGUGCGUCGACAAUAAACACAGAGAAGUUGUCCAACAAGCUGCGGGAAUGUCUUGAAAGUGUGAAUCUUACAACUGAAGCUGACAGUGUUGCAGUGGACUGAUAGAUUUGUCUAAAAGGAAUCAAAAUGGAUUUCUUUGAAAAUGAUCAACAGUAUUUGUACAACAUGUUGUCUUCUCCAGCAGCCAGUAAGUACUAUGGCUUGUUAAACCAAGGGGCAACAUGCUACCUGAACAGUGUGCUGCAGGUGCUGUUCAUGACCGAAGACUUCAGAGAGGCUGUGGAAAGACACACCUGUGAAACCUGUGGCCCUAAGUGUAUUGAUCGACAUCUUGCGUCCUUGUUUGAUGACUUAAAAGGAUGUACGGCAUACACCUAUAAUAUCACCAAAACGCUGGGCAUCGACAAUGUGUAUGAACAGCGUGAUGCUGCUGAGUACUUUGAGAAGAUUUUAGGUCUGACCAGUUCUGAGGCAUCACAGAUUUUCCACGGACUGUUGACACACAAGACCAAAUGUUCUACAUGUCGUGUGGAGACCGAAGCCGACGGGGCAUUUUGGCAUCUUCCUCUUGCAUUGGUUGAUUCUAACAGUGAAGACUAUAGCGUGGUGGAUGGUAUUAAGGAGUAUUUCAGAGCUUCAGAUUUCAGCGGAGAAAACCAGAUGUACUGUGAAACGUGUGAUGACAAGUCUGAUGCUACUAUUAAAUGUGUAAUAAAGCGUCAUCCAGAGGUUUUGAUGCUGCUGCUGAAGAGGUUUGAGUUUGACUACAGUUACAUGAGAUAUGUCAAAAUCAACCGCACUGUGGAUGUUCCCUACACCCUACAGAUACCAACGAAUCAGACGUAUGAACUGUACGCAGUUGUGGAACAUUUUGGAGAUCUUAGAAGUGGACAUUACAAUGCAACAAUCAAACCUCAAGAGGAGGAGAGAUGGUAUAAGUUCAAUGAUGACAGCGUCACAUUGCUUGAAUACCAGCCAUUCCAGGUGGAUACCAUUGAGAAAUCCAGCAGCGCUUAUCUUCUUUUUUACCGGAAAAAGACAGUGCGUGCUGCAGGUGCUUGUACUCAAGACAGAGAGGUGUCUACUCCUGAAGAAUUCCCGCCAGCUACCAAUGAUAUCCAUGACCAGGGUCCAGAUGUCAUAAAGGGGAAAGAGAGAGAGGAGGUUGAGGAGGCAGCAGAGGUGGUUGAUGAACCUACAGUGACUGUUUCCAUCGACCGACACGAAGAAACAGGAAUUAAAGACAUAGUCAGUGUUGGGUCUAGAGGAGGUGGGCUAUCAUCUGACCUCUAUAAUGAAGUAGAGGAUCAGGGCAGUGGAGUUUAUGCCAGGCACAGCAUAAGAAAUGACUUGCAUAAUCCUCAAGGGGAUGUGAAGGGAGACGAGCAACAAAAGAGAGAGGAUGAUAAACAUGCACAAAGGAAAGGAACAUCAGAGAGAUUAGAUGAUGUUAGACAGAACAGAUCAGAGCAUGUUUCAACACGUAAAGAUGCAGCGAAACAAGCCAAAGAGCAGGAAAAGAAAGGAGAUGAUGAACAUCAUCAAAGAAGAGUGGACUCUUCUUUUAGACAAGCAGGAAGCAGCAGAGUGACAGAGAACAGGGGCAGUGUUGAAAAGUGGACAAUGGAAGGAAGACAUGGUUCAAAGCAGUCCAAAACAUUGCAUGUGAAGAUAAUUGAGGAGGAAACCUGUCAGGGUGUUCAAACAAGCAGCGACACGAAGAACAUAACAAUAGAAACUGUAGCAGGAACUUCACAAGGUGGCAUUACGAGUUUGGUAUAUAAUGAAGGAAGUGUUAAAAGAAAAUCAGAUCCAAAAACAGACCCAAAGGUCAAAUUGUCAGAGGGUGUUGGCAAUUUAAAACUGAAUGACUCACCUUCACCAAAGCCACAGGAACACAGAACCAAAGAAAUGUCUGAUGCACAAAAACAAGCUGUUGGGAAAAAACAUGCAGAGAAAAAAAGAGGUGAGAAGAAAAGACAUUUGUGGCGUCGCUCUUCCCCUCUGAAACAAAACGGAAAGGAAAAAAAGAAACGCAACAAAACUAUUGGGUGUUUUUCUGGUUUUCGGAAAAGCCGAAAAAAUGCAGACCAGACUUCAGAGUCGGAUUAAAACAAAAUGCAUACUUUGUCCAGGAGAGACAAGACUGCAUGUCAUUGUGGUGAUCCACAAGUUUAUAUUUUUAGUUCUUUAUGAAUGCUUAUUAAUACUUAGCAAUAUUGCACUCGCCAGAGAGCUCUAUAGACAGUAGUGUGAUGUAUAUUGUUUGAGUUUGUGUCUGUUGGUAGCACUAUUUUGUUUGUUGAGUCUGGUUUAGUCUAUUUGACAUCAAUACCUUUGCUGGUUUUUAAUGUAAAAUGCAUCACUUCCUGUUUGCUACAGGAUUGUUUCUGUGUGAAGAGCAGCACAUGUUAGAGGUUUAAUGAGAGAGAGGGUUGUUUUAGAUUAAUUGCAUCAGUCUGUAAUAGAAAAUAUAGCAAUGGAAACUGACUUGUAAUGAAAAAUGUCAAGGCACAUAUAUGUUCAGUCGUUUUGAAAUCAUCAUAUUCACAGCCCGAAUUAUCUAACAUGUUUUGUCUUUUUUUUUUAACAGUGGAAGAAAUGUAUCGACCUAUUACAUUUUAUUUUGAAAAUGUUCUUGUUAAAUUGUUCAGACAUAUAUAAAUAGAUGACACUGAAUGUAACAUCUAAUGUGAUUUAAAACAGAUUGUGUGAGGAAAUAAAAAUUCAAAAGGAA